UGCUGCUGCCUGUCAGGGUACACAGCAGUUAAAGACAGGGCUGGGUAAUGACAGCGCUGGGAUGGUGUACAGCAGUAAGGGGUGUCCGUCCAUAAAUACAGUAGGAAGUUUUCAGCAGUGGUCUGACAGGAAAGUCUACACGGAGUCAGAUUUCAGAGCUGGAGCAGUGAAUUGCAGUGAGUCACACAGAGAGCCUGAGUGCUGCCUUUGUUCCACUUGUGUCUGAACGUUGGAGGCGAAGCAGCAGGCUCCAGUUUUUAUUAACUUCUUAUUUUCAUAAGCAUAAAACUCAUGUGCACUGCACUUUUUUCUCACUUAAGUUCUUUCCACUGACUUUCAGAAAAUGCUCUCAUGGCAUGCCUGGUGGACCUGGGACUUGUCGCUCCUGCUCUUUGGCUUGUCAAUCCAUGCUGGUGCAGCAGCUCAGAUCAUAGAAGAGCGAGGCUCGAAAGGACACCUUGACCUCACGGAGUUAAUAGGAGUCCCUCUUCCUCCUUCUGUCUACUUUGUCACGGGCUAUGGAGGGUUCCCAGCUUACAGCUUUGGUCCUGAUUCCAACAUCGGCCGGCUGACCAGUGCUAUCAUCCCAUCGCCUUUCUACAGAGACUUCGCUGUGGUGGUCACCGUGAAGCCAAACAGUGAUCGUGGAGGAGUGCUCUUUGCAAUAACAGAUGCCUUCCAGAAGACAAUCUACCUAGGACUGAGGAUUUCGCCAGUUGAUGACAGCACCCAGAGAAUAAUCAUGUACUACACAGAGCCUGGAUCCCAUGUCUCCCGAGAGGCUGCUUCCUUUAAAGUGCCGGUGAUGACUAACAGGUGGAAUAAAUUUACUGUGACUGUUGAGGGAAAUGAUAUUGCUUUGUUCAUGGACUGUGAAGAGUAUCAGAGGCUUCAGUUUCAAAGGUCUGCUCGAACCUUGGUGUUUGAAUCUGGCUCUGGCAUAUUUGUUGGUAAUGCAGGAGCCACUGGACUGGAAAAGUUCACAGGCUCGAUUCAACAUCUGACAAUCAAAUCUGACCCAAGGGCUACUGAAGAUCAUUGUGAAGAUGAUGACCCUUAUGCUUCAGGGGACAGCAGUGGCAAUGGCAGCAUUCAAGAACAUGACAGUUCUGAGGCACAAGAAGCCCUUGCACCUUCUCGUCUUCCCAUAAGGCCUGAAGAAACGUUGGCUGAGCCAGUGGAAGCCCCCCCAACCAUACUGGCUUAUCUGGAAGAGGAUGAUUUCUCUGGAAAUCACAGAUCAGAAGAAACCUCAGAAGCAGCUAAAUCUAAAGAACAAGAUUUAGCUGUCAUGGAAACUGGACAAGGCAACAGUGAGUCUACCACUGUCACACAGAAAACAUUAAGAGAAGAAGAUGGCUCUGGUGCUGAUGUUUUGCCAGGAGUAAGCAGAGAGGAGGGCCAGAAAGGUCAGGAAGUAGAAGACGGAUCCACAGAGUCUCUAGGAGGGUCUGGAAUAGAAGAUGUGGAAAAUAAAGAUCAAGGACCUCCUGGAUCUCCAGGGAAACUUGGGCAUCUUGGUCAGCCUGGCAUUCCUGGUAAAAAUGGGUUACCCGGUAAAAAUGGACUUCAGGGGUUACCAGGACUGAAGGGAAAAGCAGGCCCAAAGGGUGAAAAGGGUGAUCCUGGUGAGGGAUUGCCAGGACCCCCUGGACUACCAGGACCCACAGGACCAUCUGCUCCUUCCAGAGGAUUAAAUAGACUGGAACCUGAAGAAUCGGGUUCUGGAGAUACUGACAGAGAGACUGAGAUUUUAAGGGGUCUUCCGGGGCCACCAGGCCCCCCAGGACUGCCUGGUCUUCCAGGAAACCCAGCACCUGAUUCAGGUGUAGGACCUCCUGGGUCACCAGGAGAAGAUGGAGCUUCUGGGGAACCAGGCCCUGAAGGCCCUCAAGGUCCUCCUGGCCGUGAUGGAGUGGCUGGCCCACCAGGAGGGAAGGGAGAAAAGGGUGAUCAAGGUCUACCUGGUUCUGCUGGUCCAAAGGGUGAUACUGGAGUCACGGGAUCAAUAGGCCCCAAAGGAGAAGCUGGCCCUAUUGGGUCUCCUGGAAAACCUGGACCACCAGGACCUCCUGGGCCUCCUGGGCCCCCAGGACCUCCUGGACCACCAGGACUAAGUUACAGUUUGGGAUUUGAGGAUAUGGAAGGAUCAGGUAGCAUCGACCUGUUAAGUGAACCAAGAAUUCCCAGACCAAGGGGACCAAAGGGUUCUGCAGGAAGACCUGGACAGCGUGGACCAUUAGGACCAAAGGGAGAAAGAGGCAACAUGGGUCCCCCAGGUUCAAAGGGGAUGCCGGGCACAGAUGGAAAACCAGGCUUUCCUGGCAUUGCUGGGCAUCCCGGAGAAGUGGGUCCAAAAGGAGAGAAGGGUGACCCAGGACCUCGGGGUGAACCAGGACAGGACGGGAACAGUAUUGUGGGACCACCUGGACCACCAGGACCACCAGGACCAGUCAUAGCAAUACCUGAGUUGCUUCUCAAUGACACAGAUGGAAUUUCUAGUUUUACUGAAAUUAAAGGACUCCUUGGGCCUCCAGGGCCAGAUGGCAAGCCAGGUCUACCAGGAUUUCCUGGCCCUCGGGGUCCGAAGGGUGAUACUGGUUUGCCUGGAUCACGAGGACCUAAAGGACAACAGGGUGAAAAGGGAGAACCGGGAGCUAUCAUUUCUGCUGAUGGAUCUUUAACUGAAUUAUUAGGAAGAAAAGGGGAGAAGGGUGAAGCUGGAGUGAUGGGACCAGCGGGACCAAUGGGACCAAUAGGACCUGCUGGACCCAAAGGAGAACUUGGCUUCCCAGGACGCCCAGGCCGUCCAGGACUGAAUGGACUGAGAGGUGUGAAAGGUGAUCGAGGUGAAGCCAUUAAUGGCCUUCCUGGCUUGCCUGGGCCCCCAGGGCCCCCCGGACCCCCAGGACGAAUCCUUUAUAUCAAAGGAACAGUUUUCCCUGUCCCUCCCAGGCCUCAUUGCAAAAUGCCAGUGAACCUUCCCUCUCCUGGAAAUCAAGAAGUUCUUAAUGACCAUGGUGCUAAAGCAAACAGAGAUUCCUGGGGACAGCACAGUUCAGCACACUUAAAAGGAGAGAAGGGAGACAGAGGUGCUCCUGGACCACCAGGUCCACCUCUGCCUCCAUCAUAUUUCAGCCACUUUAUUAAUAGCAUAAAGGGUGAAAAAGGAGACAAUGGAGUCACUGGUGUAAAAGGAGAAAAAGGAGAACCAAAUGGAGGGUUUUUUCUGACAGGACCUCCUGGACCACCAGGAAGACCAGGAUUAAUUGGACCAAAAGGGGACUCAAUUGUUGGACCCAGAGGACCUCCAGGGUUACCUGGCCUACCUGGCUUACCAGGUUAUGGAAAAAUUGGACCUCCUGGCCCACCUGGACCACCUGGACCACCAGGCCCCCCCGCAAUAUAUGGCUCAGCAGCUGCAAUGCCUGGGCCACCAGGUCCUCCUGGAGAGCCAGGGUCACCUGCCACCAGGAAUCUGGUUACGACAUUCCAAAACAUUGAGGGCAUGCUGGAAAAAGUUCAUUAUGUAGCAGAAGGUACACUAAUCUAUCUGAGGGAAACCAGUGAGGUUUUUAUCCGUGUUCAGAAAGGAUGGAGAAAAUUGCAGCUUGGUGAGCUAAUUCCCAUCCCUGCUGACAGCCUUCCUCCUCCAGCCAUAUCAAGCCAUGGAUUUCAGUCUAUUCCAGCACUGAGACCAAUAUCAAAUAUGAACAAUAGAAAACCAGCAUUGCAUCUGGUGGCUUUGAACUUCCCAUUGUCCGGUGACAUGCGAGCAGAUUUUCAGUGUUUUCGGCAGGCCCAGCUCGCCGGCUUGACGUCUACCUACAGAGCCUUCCUCUCAUCACACCUGCAAGACCUGGCCACAGUUGUCAGGAAAGCAGACCGACACCAUUUGCCAGUAGUCAACCUUCAGGGAGAAACCCUUUUCAGUAACUGGGAAUCUAUAUUUGAUGGAAAUGGUGGACAAUUCAACAUUCAUGUUCCAAUAUACUCCUUUGAUGGCAGAAAUGUCAUGACUGAUUCAUCUUGGCCUCAAAAAAUAAUAUGGCAUGGUUCAACUGCAAAUGGGAUCCGACUGGUUAGCAACUACUGUGAAGCCUGGCACACGGCUGAUAUGGGAGCUAUGGGACAAGCAUCGCCUCUGAACACAGGGAAACUUCUUGACCAGAAAGUAUAUAGCUGUAACAAUCAGUUUAUUGUUCUCUGUAUUGAAAACAGUUUUGUCUCUGAUCCCCAAGGAAAAUAAUUCACCUGCUGCACAUAGGAAUAUUCCAUUUGACGACAGAAAAAGCUGACACUGAAAUUUCAUUUGUAAUGAUGUAAAUAUUUUAAUUUUUGUAAUUGCACAUUUCAGGAAAAAAAUAGACAAAGAAAACAUACCUCAACACAAACCACAUUCCAGUUAGGUGGAACAUCCAGUGCACACGACUGGCUUAAAGCCCUUACUUCCCCUUGAACCCCGUGCGGUUUGAAGCUUGCCAGCAGUUAACUCAUGCUCUACCUGAGCUGGAGGUCACCUAAGGGCAUGAGCCAAGUGUGGUCUGUGAGGAAGAUCCAGUAGCCUGCCUCGUAAGCAGUGUGGCUCAGCAAGGCAGCUGCUGCUGCUGCUGCUGCUUCACAGCUGAGAAGCUGCAUGCUCCAUGCUCUCCUUUUCACUCGCGUAGAUUUUGGAUACCCAAGGCACUGCUCAUAUAUACUCAUAUAUACAGGGAAUACUGGGAGGCUCUUUUGCCUUACAGGGCUCACAUUUGCAAAACAAAGCUUUAAGAACAAAGGUACUCACCUCCUCUGAGUUUUGGUGGAAGCCGAGUACCUGACUCCUGUAAGCUUGUAUGGAUCUCAGCCUGGUGCUUACACAGAAAUAUAGCAGCUCCCACAUCUUAUUUCAGCUUUUCUCUUUGCAGAUUCUAGGCAUAAGACUUUAUUCAGGAGGAGUAAAUUUCACAUUAACAAAAUCUUGUCUUUAUUUUGGUGCUAUUGUUACCAGGAAACCUGAAAGCAAUGCUAAUAGAAAACAUCCUGUUUUACUGGUAGAACUGAACAAAGCAAAUGCAGACAAAUGAACCAUCUGACCUUUAUUUAUUUCAUUGCAUGUUAGAGGGAGUCAUUUCCUUUUGUGUCAGACUGAUGAAUGAAAUAUGUCUCUCAUGGUUUCUUUAAAAUAGGUUCUACACAUUGUUAUCCCACUAAGUUAUAUGUAAAGUGAUUUUCCUUUUUGUGAAUUUACCCUUCUGGCAUUCACGUAAUUAAAGAAUUGUUAAUAUAAAAUAACUGAAACAAUGAUAGGAAUGAUCAGGAAAUUGUAAUAUUCUUCACUAACAGUAUCACCAUUAUAUCUGAAGUCUUUUGCUGAUAUAUUUGUCUACUGCAUACUUUAAACAACAUAUUUACUUAUGUUUUAUCAGGCAGUGACUAUGGAGGUCAAACUCCACAUUAUCAUUUUUUUUUAGAUUUUAACGAGAAUCCAUGUUGGAAAUACAUGUUCAUUUGCUGACAAAUAGAGUACUAAAUAACUAGACAGCUUUUGUCAACAAAAGCAAAUUACACUUACAAUACUAAAAUGAUAUAAUUAUACAACUAAAUAUUUUGAAAUGCAGCUUUAUUUUUCCAGUUGAUUAUAAAAACUUAUUUCCCAUGGUCAGCUGAAUGAUAUCUUCAUUUUUUUCUGGAAAAGCAAAAAAUGUAAAUUACUCCAUUAUUACAACACGGUAAUAAGGCAAAAGCCAUUUGUAUUACAUUUAAAAUGCAUGCAUAACAAUUCAUUGCACUCAUUUAUAGUCAGCUUUCCUAAAAUACUGAGCCAUUCUUGUGCCAGAUUCCUCCAGUUCACAGAGCUGGAAGAGUUAUUUAUGUAUAGCAGGGUUUUGCUCUGGGUCACAGAAGGAUCAAGGGGGGAAAAUAAAGUGCUUCUACCUACUUCAAGCAGGAGCCAUCUA